GCCCGGCCGAGGCAAGGUGGAGCACGACCACUUCGAGGCAGAUUGGCACUAGGCUCGUGGAAGGAGUUCAAGGCUGGUGACUUCCUUGGGGGCUCUGGCAGAUCCGCGGGACGGAUUCACUCUCCACGUCGUCUCUCCGCUUCUCGGGCAUCCACUGAGUUGGCCUCGAACUCGCUGCUCCAAGCUGCUCGACCAUCAAAUGCGGCUGGUUGCAUAACACUGACUAGUGAGUACGAAGAGUAA